CCGCUUUCCCGCCAUGGCUUCACAAGGCGCCCCUUGCCGUUGCUUGGGAGGUUACCCGGAUUGCUCUCCACUGCAGCGUUGAUCUUGGAGGCCUUAAUAUGCAAUAUGAUCCUUCGUGGGCGGACCCAGGAUCCCCAAUGAAUGUCCGCAAAAGCCUGUAUCAGCACCUUGACUUUGCUGGCAAGUCUUUUCCAGAGAAGCCCAGCACCGAUGCCUGGGCUGCCAGCCUAGGCGACUUCCGAUCACGCGACAUGGUUGUUGUUCUUUCCAUGUCGAUAGACUUUAAUCAAGCCAAAACCGGCCCUCCCUUCUUCAUUCAGAUGCAGCCGUUGAAAUUGGACUUGGGAUGCCGCCUCAACAGGCACUUUGGGCCCGAUCGUUUCCUCGAAGUCAUCAUGCCCUCGCCGGGUUCCCGGAAGCCUCCGUUCAAGGGCGAGUCCACAAUCGAGCUGAUUCGCUGGAUCACCGGAAAGCGACACUCGAUUGUAGGGCGGGAAUGGGCUGCCUUCUUCACUUCAGACGCAGGUUAUAGGUCUCCGCCCAAGGAGCUCCGUAUAUCGCCCGACGCCAAGCCCGUGUACCAGGAGAGAGUCCAUUUCUUUGCCGAGAACGGCAUCGGUUUCGUCCCGAGGUCCCCGGGUUCGGGUGCGGGUGGCCGGCUAACCCCGAUGACUGCCUUGAGCGUUUGCAGGAUGCUCGACUGGCUCCUUAAUCUUUUCCAGAAUGAGAAGCAGUCGUAUCUAAAGUUAUUCUCUCGCAUUAAAUUAGGCUUAAGCAAGACCCGCCCCAUCCUGGUUCUAGAGCCUCACCAGAUUCGCCAUCGGGAGCGUGACUUGCUCUCUCCCAUCCGCAAGGAGAUGAAUGAUGGCAUUGCACUCAUGUCUCUCAGCGUCGCUCGCAAAGUCCGGGACGCCCUGGGGCUUAACGACAUCCCGUCCGCGAUCCAGGCGCGUCUAGGCUCUGCAAAGGGGAUGUGGCUGGUGGACGUGACUGAUGACGGGCAUGAGGACUGGCUCGAGACCUAUCCUUCACAGCGGAAAUGGGAGUGCGACCAACGCGACGACGACCAGCGGACGCUAGAAGUCCACGGCACUGCGACUGAGCUGAGAUCCGCUGGGCUGAAUCUCCAGUUCCUGCCGGUCUUGGAGGAUAGGGCUCGCAAUAAACCACUGAUGCGCGAAGUUAUUGGCAAAAUACUGGUCAAGGGGCUUCAAGAUGAGCUGGAGACUCAGAAGAGUGCUAUGAAGCGACCCCUUGAGCUCAAGUCAUGGCUUGCUCAGAACACGUCGACCCGGCAGCUCCGGUUGCAGCACGGGCAAGUCCCUUUUCUGGCAGGGCUGCCGGAGAAGAUGGAAGACACGAUUGGCUUCCUACUUGACGGCGGAUUUCACCCGAUGGAACAGCGAUUCCUCCAAGACCAGGUUUGGAAGAUCCAGGAACAGAAGUGCCAUCUGCUAAAAACCAAGCUAAACAUUGCCGUCGGGCGCUCAGCCUACAUAUAUAUGGUGGUCGACUUCUGGGGUGUUUUGGAAGAAGGCGAGGUCCAUGUCGGUUUCUCGACCAAGUUCCAGCAAGGAGGCUUCUCAGGCACGCUGCUCCACGACAUGGACGUCCUCGUUGCGAGAUCCCCUGCCCAUUUUAUCAGCGACAUUCAGAAGGUCCGGGCUGUGUUCAAGCCGGAGUUGCAAUCCCUCAAGGACGUCAUAGUCUUCUCGUCCAAGGGCAACAUUCCGCUUGCUGAGAAGCUCUCCGGAGGUGACUAUGACGGUGACAGGGCGUGGGUUUGUUGGGACCCGGAUAUUGUGGACAACUUCGUCAACGCCGAGGUUCCUGCCAGCCCGGAUCUUUCGAGCUACAUCCGAAAAGAUACGACAACGCUCGGAGAUUUGUUGCUGAACCACCGCUCUAAACGCAAAGCCAUCGGGGAGAUGAUUGAGCGCAGCUUCGAGUUCAACAUGCGCCAGAGCUUCCUGGGAAUCUGCACUAACUUCAAAGAGAGGCUCUGCUACCACAAAAACAGGGUUGAUGACGAGGCGGCGGUGAUUCUGAGCACUCUUCUAAGCAGUCUAGUUGACCAGCCGAAGCAAGGCAUCUUGUUCGGGGAGGAGGAAUGGGACCGCCUUCGCAAAGAUGGUCUGGGCCAGCGAUACAGCCUGCCCGAGCCUGCCUACAAAGGAGAGCUGGCGCCGAGGAGGGGCGAGCAUGUGCAUAUCAUCGACCACUUGAAGUUCGUCGUUGCCAAGCCCACGAUCGAGCACGAGCUCGCAGCGCUCCACAGGGCAAUGAACCCUGGCCCAGCCGACUCCCGAACCAGUGCUGACAGCAUGAACUCUGGCGCAAACUAUUGGGACCCCGACCUCGUGGAGUAUUGCAACUACUUCGAAGAGGGGACCAGGUCGUCCAAGUCCCGCAAAUACCUACUCGACGGGCUCAAGGCCUCCAUCGCCGAGGUCCUAGCCACCUGGGUCGAGACAAUCGCCAAGGACAAAGACAAAGGCACCGGGGCGCAGAUACGGUAUCCCCAAAAGGUCAACACCGUGUUCCAGAAGUGGUGCGCCAUCGAACCAUCCUUCGCCGGUCGGUCCCGGCCGCAGCUCGACUCGAGGACGGUCAACCUGCUCAAGGGCCCCGACGCCGCCGACCCGGAGCUGAGCGCCUGGGCGCUGAUCAAGGCCAGCACGGCGUUCAAGAUCUACCACAGCAGCAAGCCGGCGUUCGUGUGGCGCAUGGCCGGCCGCCAGCUGCAGUUCAUGAAGGCCGUGGUCAGUGUCCGCCGCGCAACGGGGGCGGCACCUGUGCCCGUCACGCCGCUCAUGUACGCCGGCCUGGCCGUGGACAAGAAGUUUGUCAAGCAGUACAUCGCGAGCUUGGAAUGCGGGAGCUCGGAUUACGUGGGCGAGGACGAGGAGGCUUCCGGGGAGGACGAUGACACGUGAAGCCUGCCUACCCAAAAAAGAAUGGGGGUAUUGGAACAUCCGGUGUUCGAAGUCCUGGACUCCCGUUAUUCUCCUAGGGUUGUCUCGGGCUGGAGUGUGGAAGUCAUUCUGAGCCUCGAGUGAGGUACCGCUGAUUCAGAUGAAUCGCAGUUGAGGAGUGUACUCGUCUCUCCUCGUUCGGGUAAGACAUGGGCCGAGCCGGGACAGGGAUUCCUUGGCUAAGUGGCCUCCGUUCUGGCGUCUAUGUCGGUGAGGCCCAAAUUUUACUUUCUAAUUACGUAUCCGUCUCGGAUCAAUGUUGUCAGCUAGUACUUGUGGCAAACGAGGAGUGGGGAUGUAAUAGACAUGCCUGUUGCGGUGGAUGUUACGAUGGAUCGGUCUUUUUUUGUUAGAUACCCCUCUAUAUCUCGCG